AUGGUAAGUGCAAUUGCUUCUGCUAGUGAUUUCGACAAAGUUAUUUCUGUCGACAAAUUGGUCGUCGUUGACUUCUUCGCUGUCUGGUGUGGUCCAUGUAAGAUGAUUGCUCCAAUGAUCGAAAAGUUCUCUACUGAGUACACUGAAGCUGAUUUCUACAAGGUUGACGUGGAUGAGUUGCCAGAUGUUGCAAGAAAGUGUGAAGUUUCCUCUAUGCCAACUUUUAUUCUAUACAAAAGCGGUAAACCAGUCGCUAAGGUUGUUGGUGCUAACCCUGCAGCUGUAAAGCAAGCCAUUGCUUCCAACAUUUAA